GCAAAAUACCAGUAAAGCAAGAAUUUUCUCUUUUUAUAAUAGCGGGUUGAUAAAUGUUUAUUUUAAGGACAUAAAGUGACAUCUAGUGAUGGAUAACAGAAUAAUGCUUCUGUAUGCUGCAGCUGCCAUGAAUUUUGGUCAUAUAUUGGCAGGCCAAGUCAUAGAUUGCACUCAUGGGUUCUGGGGCACAGAUUGCAAAAAAUCAUGUCCAGGAUGCGUGCACUUCGGAUGUGACAAGGUUACUGGCUUUUGCUUCGGAUGCGCCCAAGGAUAUCACGGGAAACAUUGUGACAUUCCGUGUCCGGUUCAUUGCAGUAGAUGUGAUCGUUUCACAGCGAAAUGCUCAUCGUGUUACUUUGGUUGGUAUGGUGACUUUUGCAACAAACCGUGCCAUAGCAAUUGUGGCUCCUGUUCAAAAACUACUGGUAUGUGUAUUUUUUGUAGAAUUGGCUGGUAUGGGGCCAACUGUAGCAGACAGUGCUCAAUAGAGAUAGGAUGCAACAAGAAUUAUUGUACACAGUCCACCGGAGACUGUUCACUCUGUAAAAUAGGAUGGUUUGGGUCAAAAUGCGAAAAACAAUGUCCAAAAAGCUGUCAUAAUGGGUGUCAUAAAAGUUCUGGUUAUUGCAAUACCUGCAUCUCUGGAUAUUGGGGCUCCGAUUGUUCAAAUCGUUGCCCCAAUUGUUAUAAUGGCUGUUCCAAAGAUAGUGGUAAUUGCAGCUUUUGCAAUUUUGGAUUCUGGGGUUCGGACUGUUCAAAUAUUUGCCCGGGGAAAUGCGAAAGUUGUGAUAAAUCUAAUGGUACGUGUUUGUUUUGCCCCGACGGUUUGUGGGGAGGUAACUGUUCGAAGACGUGUACUACUAAUAACUGUAAAAUAUGUGACAUCAAUACAGAUAUUUGCAAAGCAUGUGAAUCAGGGUUUUGGGGACCAGACUGCAACUACCGAUGCAAUAACUGUUCCAAUGGAAAAUGUGACAUUUCCACAGGUGUAUGUGAUACAUGUCCAGAGGGAUUUGCAGGACAAAAUUGUAAUAUAAAGUGUGAGAUUUCUACUUGUUCAUAUUGGGAGUGUAACAUAAAGCAAGGGUUUGUAUGUUCAAGCUGCCAAAAUGGAUUUUGGGGACCCCUUUGUGAGAAACGAUGCAUUACGAAUAUGAAUUGUAACUACUGCGACAAGACAACUGGAAGAUGUGAAUCAUGUGUAAACGGAUAUUGGGGAACGGUCUGUGAGAAGAAAUGCAACAAAAGCGAUGCUUGUGAAUACUGCGACAGAAACACUGGAAUUUGUAACUCUUGCUUAAGAGGAUAUUGGGGAAACUAUUGUGAACACGGUUGUCCUAAAAACUGUGAUGGUAAUUGCCAGAAAUCGACAGGACGAUGUACUUGCAAACAUGGAUUCUGGGGAACCUUAUGUGAGAGGAAAUGUCUGGAAGUAGACAAAUGCCAGUAUUGUAGCAAACAUUACGGAUCUUGCAGCGCGUGUAAAAUCGGUUUCUGGGGUAGUUUGUGUGAAAAAGAAUGUCAUACAGGCUGUACAGGACAAUGCGACAGAUAUACAGGAAAAUGUUCCUAUUGCAGGCCCGGUCUCAGGGGUAUUAACUGUAACAGUACAUGCAAGGAGAAAAAUUGUGAAAUAUGCAUAGGUUCUGAGGAUACUUACUCAUGUACCAAAUGUCGAGCGGGUUAUUGGGGCCAUGGUUGUGACAAUCAGUGUAGUUCCGAGCGAUGCCUGGAAUGUCAUUUGACUGAAGGACGUUGUACAUUGUGUGAGGACGGCUUUUGGGGAAGUUCGUGCAAUCAAAAAUGUCACAGCAGUUGCCAGUGUUGCAACCUGACUUACGGCACUUGCAGCGCACCAUAUUUAUGUCUGAGGAUACGUAAUAGGUACCAAGCAACAGGUAUUUAA